AUGAUGGACUCCACGUACAGCUGCAAUAAAGAACAGCUUUGCCAGACAUGUGGGAAAGAGUUCAAAAGCCGAUCCAGCCUUAAUGAUCAUGUCAGAAGGCACGAGGAAAGGGCUCCUUACAUGUGCUGUGGGAAAAAUUUUUACAGCACAGCCAAUAUGACGCGCCAUAGGUGUAGUGCUCACAAAGAGAAGAAGGAACACCAGUGUUCUGUCUGUGGGGCAGUAUUUUCAACAAACUCCGAUGUAAGAAGACACUCAAACGUUCAUAGCAUAGAAAACCGGAGUAUACCUGUCUGGAAUGUGGAUUUGAAACCAGGAGCCAGCAACGGUACACCGACCACAUUGCUACACACACGGGCGAAAAGAAUCACAAGUGUUCGUGUGGAAAAGUAUAUAGAUUCCGCACUAGCCUGUAUAGGCAUAAGAAAACUUGUAACGUCAAGUGAAUAA